AAGAAGGUCAGAGAUGCCACAAACAACGUACUCCAUUAUUACAUCACAGACUCUGUAAACACAAACACCACACAGUACACACUCACUUAUUCUAGAGAGAGAAACAUAUUAUCAGAGAGAGAGAUCAGUGCUAGCUCUUACCUCCCAGAUUGAGAAAUGGGGUUGUUCUUGGUCUCACUCAUCAUACUCGCCGUUACUUUAGCCGUUAACUCCUGUCCGCCGUCAGACAGGGCUGCUCUCUUGGCCUUCAAAGAAGCCCUCAGCGAGCCCUACUUGGGCAUCUUCGACUCGUGGUCAGGCACUGACUGUUGCCACAACUGGUACGGCGUCAACUGCGACCCGACGGCCGGUCGGGUCUCCGAUUUAACCCUCCGAGGUGAGUCCGAAGACCCGAUAUUCGAAAAAGCUGGCCGGUCUGGCUUCAUGACCGGUUCACUCUCGCCGUCACUCUGCCAACUCGACGGUCUGACCACUCUCAUCGUCGCCGACUGGAAGGGUAUCUCCGGAGAUAUUCCGGCUUGUAUCACUUCCCUCUCCAAUCUCGGGAUCCUUGACCUCAUCGGAAACCAAGUCACCGGACAAAUACCGGCAGACAUCGGCAAACUGAGUCGACUCACCGUUUUCAAUAUCGCUGACAACAAAAUUUCCGGCGAAAUCCCUCCGUCUAUCGUCAAACUCGACAUCCUCAAGCACCUCGAUCUCAGCAACAACAAAAUAUCCGGCGAAAUUCCGGCGGAUAUCGGUAAACUCAAAAUGAUGAGCCGAGCAUUACUGAGUCGAAACCAGCUCACUGGAUCAAUACCGUGCUCAAUCGCUUACCUCCGCCGACUCGCCGACCUAGACCUCUCCAUGAACCAGAUCUCCGGUUCGAUCCCUUCCCAACUCGGCGAAAUGCGAGUCCUCUCGACGUUGAACUUAGACAGCAACCAACUCUCCGGCGAGAUUCCGUCGACGUUGUUGAGCAACACCGGUUUGAAUAUAGUGAACUUGAGCCGGAACUGUAUCGAAGGUUGUAUACCGGACGUGUUCUGCUCCAAAUCGUAUUUCACUACACUCGAUUUGUCCUACAACAAGUUGAAGGGUAAGAUGCCAAAAACGAUGUCGUCCGUGAGGUAUAUAGGACACUUGGAUCUGAGUCACAACAACCUCUGUGGGCCAUUUCCGGCGAGUUUGGAGGCGUAUGAUCACCUUGAAGCGGCGUCGUUUACCAAUAAUAAUUGUCUUUCUGGUUCAGAGUUAUGAACCUGGAAUAAUGUUUAAUGUGUACCAUUAUUUUGGCAGUCAAUCUUAAUACUGUCUUGCAUGCAUGCCGUCAGUUUGACAAAUUUUAUGAAGAAAA